GCUCUUGGGACUUGCGGGGCUGCGCGCAGGAUUAGGGUGGGGGUACGGGAAGGCUCAACUCAGGACCUGCGCACCUUGCUUUGGGGGCGCACUGAGCACCUGCCGGGAGCAGGGGGCGCACCGGGAACCCGCAGGUUUCGCCAGUUGGGCGCACUGGGGAUCUGUGGACUGCGCCCGGGGGAUGGGCUAGGGGGACACGCGCAGGCUGUGGGCUUUACAGAAUGUGAUCGCGCGAGGGGGAGGGCGAAGCGUGGCGGGAGGGCGAGGCAAGGAAGGAGGGCGUGAGAAAGGAGGUGGCGGCGGCGCGGAGGAGGGUUAUCUAUACAUUUAAAAACGAGCCGCCUGCGCCGCGCCUGCGGAGACCGGGGAGAGUCCGGCCGCACGCGCGGGACACGAGCGUCCCACGCUCCCUGGCGCGUACGGCCCGCCACCACUAGGCCUCCUGUCCCCGGGCUCCAGACGAUCUAGGACACGUGCCCUGGGGAGUCUCCUGGCGGCACCGUGCCAGAAGCCCCCUUGGGGCGCCACCGUUUUCCCUUUCGCCUCGGGCUCUUCUGCCUGCACCUUCCUGCGGCGCACCGGGACCCCGAGCGGGCGGGUGGAUGCAGGCGCAAUGGACGGCGGCGCACUGCCCAGGUCCGCGCCCCCUGCGCCCCGCGUCCCUGUCAGCUGCGCUGCCCGGCGGAGACCCACGUCCCCGGAACUGUUGCGCUGCAGCCGGCGGCGGCGACCGGCCACCGCAGAGACCGGGGGCAGCGCAGCGGCCGUAGCGCGGCGCAAUGAGCGCGAGCGCAACCGCGUGAAGCUGGUGAACUUGGGCUUCCAGGCGCUGCGGCAGCACGUGCCGCACGGCGGCGCCAGCAAGAAGCUGAGCAAGGUGGAGACGCUGCGCUCGGCCGUGGAGUACAUCCGCGCGCUGCAGCGCCUGCUGGCCGAGCACGACGCCGUGCGCAACGCGCUGGCGGGAGGGCUGCGGCCGCCGGCUGUGCGGCCGUCUGCGCCCCGCGGGCAGCCUGGGACCACCGCGGUCGCCGCCUCGCCCUCCCGCGCUUCUUCGUCCCCGGGCCGCGGGGGCAGCUCGGAGCCCGGCUCCCCGCGUUCCGCCUACUCGUCGGACGACAGCGGCUGCGAGGGCGCGCUGAGUCCCGCGGAGCGCGAGCUGCUCGACUUCUCCAGCUGGUUAGGGGGCUACUGAGCGCCCUCGACCUAUGAGCAGGCAGUCGCGUGAGGACCAGCGCCUGCUCACCACUGGGUCCCUCCCAUGUGCAGGGCAGGCAGGUGCUCAGUGCCCCCUGGACGCAUGCCUGGGAGCCCCGCUCCUGCUCCCCAGAGGGAACAAACGACUGACCUGCUGACAGAGGCUGUGAGCCCACAUGGGUUGUCUGCAGACAUAAAGGGACAUCUCCUAUGAUGCUUCUGGAGAGGGCAAGGCUCCACAGCUGAGGGCUUUCUUUGGGCGACAAUCACGUGAAAUGCCAUGACCUUGUGCCAUCCCGUGGCAGAUGAUGCUCUCAGAAGGUGGUGCAGACCCUUCCCCCAUUAUGGUGUGGACACGCAGACAUGGGACCUCUCCCACCUCUUACAACUGGGGCAGGCUGACGACCACAGAAGAAGGGACGCCCUGCGACUCCCAGACCACAUCAUAAGAGGCCACGCAGCUUCCUCCUGGAGCUCUCGGGCAGCUGCCCUUGGAGCCUGGUUGCCAUACUGUGAGGAAGCCCAGGUGCCACCGAGGCGGCACAUGCAGAUGUGCAGCCAAUGACCCUGGCAGAGCCUGGCAAAGUCAGCGCCAGCCACCAGACCUGCCAGCAAGGAUGCUCUGAGCCGACUUCCGCUCCAGCUGUUGUCUGACUGCCCACGAGACACCCUGAGUGAGCACUGCCAAGCUGAACCCUGUCAACUCCAGAAUUGUGAAAGGCAGUCGUCCCACGACUUCCUGGUUUCAGUCACUGCUGUUGGGCAGUUGUGGGUGACCCUGAAGGGACGCUCUGAUUAGGGACAUCUGCCUGCCUGUGUGACCUGAGUCCCAGCCUCAGCUUUCUCAUGUGAAAAAUCAGGACAACAGUAGACCCUACCUUAUAAGGCAGCUGCAAGAGUGAAAUACAGUGGAAACUGCACACAAGACAGGGUGGCUGUUCGACACCCUCUUAGUUCUUAAAAUCUAAGGCCCAUGUCAAGUUUUACCAUCAUUUUGUCAUCAUGAUGAGAAAAGAAAUGAGACCAGCCUGACCAACACGGAGAAACCCCGUCUCUACUAAAAACACAA